GGCCGAUAUAAGUGACUUCAUCCAUUUCUUUCUCUCCCCAAUUGACAGUCUCCGGUCAUUGAAGGGUACACCUACCAUGCCGCCGCGUCUCAAUCUUUUCACCGCAAAAGCGGUUCCCGCCCUUUGCCAGCCUGCCACGGUCGCUGGUCGCCGCAGCAUCGCGACUAUUCUGAACGCCAACCGGCCCUCGACCUCCAAUGGCGUGAACUCGGGUCUUUUCACUUCGGUGCACAUGUCGAAGCGGUGGAACUCGUCUGGUAGUGAUGGAAAGGACAGACCAGAGGGCUUCAAGGGCCCGACGGAGGAUCCUUUGCCCCAUGUCAGUGAAGAGGCGGCAGAAGUCAGCAAGAUUAUGGACAAGCGAUGCGACGGCGUCGCCGCCAGUCCGGAAUUGGAGCAGGGAACGCCCAUUUCUGAGAUCUUGCAGCGUGACAAAAAUGCCCUGAAGCAUAUGCCCAGAGUCAUGCAGGACCAGAUGAAGAACCAAACGGGCAAGCGCUCAUUCUCAACAUCUGCUCGUCGCAUGCAGCCAGAGCUAGCAGGGUCGUCGGAUUUCGAAGAUUCUUCGGCUGCGCUUGUGGCCAACAUGGUUUCCCAGGUCAACCAGCAAGCAGCUGAGCUGCAUCCUGGGCUGAAAUUCGAGGCGCCCACCAAGCCUAUGACCAAGACUGACAAUUUCCGUUCGCGAUAUGACGGAUUGUUGGAGCAGUUCACAAAGCAACUCAUGCGCGAUGGCAAGCUGUCCAAGGCCUACAAGGAUAUGGCUUUUAUCCUUGACCACCUACGGACUUCCCCUCCCCCUUCCAGGAACCCGAAGCGGCCUCUACUUCCCGGCCCCCCGAACGCCCAACUUCCUCUGAACCCUGUCCUCUACCUCACUCUCAUUGUCGAUUCCGUUGCUCCUCUGCUUAAGAUCCGCCAACAGAAGGGUCUCAUCGGUGGUGGUGUAUCGAUGCAGAUCCCUGUUCCUCUCGCUGUCAGACAGCGUCGGCGGACGGCCAUUCGGUGGAUCAUCGACGCCUCCGACAAGCGUCGGGAUAGCAACUUCGCUAUGAGAGUUGCACAGGAGCUGGUUGCUGUUGCGGAGGGCCGUGGUGGUGCGUGGGAUCGCAGAGAGAUGGUACACAAGCUUGUCUCGCACCCCCCCGCGCGCUUUCGUCGCAUCCUUUUCUCGUCCGACACGGUGUCGUCGAAUGCCGUCGGCCGAUCUGUGGCACGCAUCGCUUCUGCGAGGGGUGCCUACACGCACGAUAACAACAUAACCCCUCCCGGACAAGCUAUCGAACUCGUUGACGGCACAGACCAGGAGAAGAGGGCCGUCACCCCGCGCACCCAUCACCAGCAGCAGCAGCAGCAGCAGCACAGAAGACCGAAUAGAAUCGGGUUUUGGAUAGAAGCCCUUCAACGCUGCGCUCACCGCCAUCAGGGCGUCAAAUCGUUCAAGAUGAAGUUCUCGCAUAGCAUCCAGUUCAACGCGGUGCCGGAUUGGAGUGCCUACUACCUCGCUUACAGUAAUCUGAAGAAAUUGAUAUACUCCUUAGAACAAGAAGCGCACCGCUCGGUUGGUCAAACCCAUGCCGAUGUUGAGUCUGCUCCGCUGCUUGACAAUACCCCAAAUCCGGAUGCCAUCUUCCGUCGGGCUCUAGAUGCGGAGCUGGAGAAGAUUUGCUCGUUUUAUCAGGUCAAGGAGGUUGAAGUGUUCAAGGAAGUCGAAGAUGUGGCUAGACUUGCGGAGGAGUACGCGUCCCGGGCCGACUCGGCGAACAUUGACCCGAUGAGUGAGAACAUGGCCAAGGCAAGAACCAUGAGUUCGGGAUCGAAGAACAGACAAGAACGGCGGCGUAGCACGUUCAGUGACACUAUAGGUGAUGAUGACGAUGAUGAUGACGAUGCGGACAGUGACGAUGACCGUGCCGCGCCCACUAAUCAGAACCGACCUCGUUCGCAUGGGGCCGAAUCCAGUAAUCAUGAUGGCAGUCGCACGGAAGAUAUGGGGGACUCCAGUGUCUGGGCAGCAGACUCCAGGCUUCUGGGGUACAACGGCCGGUCUAUGAGCCGUGCAGGCCCUCAGGAUGAGCAUUUCUCCGAUCCUACUGUGGUGGACCUGUACAAUGAUGGUCUGUCUCUCAAGAAACAGGCUGUUACCGCUUACGUUUCCGUCUGCGGACUCAAGUCGUACAUCCAGCUGAACAAGACGGGGUUUUCCAAGGCCUUGAAGAAGUACGACAAGAUCAUGGACCGUAACCUGCGCCGGGAAUACAUGAGCGCGGUUGUGGCUCCGGCCUACCCUUUCACGGACUCUACCAUGGAGAGAGUCGACGAUCACAUCCAUAAGAUCGAGUCUGUCUACGCCCAGGUCAUCACUAUGGGCAAUCUGCCUCUGGCUAGACGUGAACUGCGACUGCAUCUGAGAGAACAUGUUGUCUGGGAAAGAAACACCGUCUGGAGGGAGAUGAUUGGCAUUGAGCGGAAGGCCCAGGCUGCCAACGUGGGAAUCCGUCGUACUCUCCUCGGGGGCGACGAUGAUCCAGCAGCCGCACGCCGCCAGGGCGACGAGCAAGAAACUAAGACCACGGUGGUGAGAACGCCUAUUGGUGUCUACCACUUCCCUCAGUGGGUUUGCAGUUUGAGCUUCGGCACACUGGUCUUCAUUUUGGCAGUUUUUGCGACUUUACUUUCUGUUCCUAUUCUGGAGAAACCGGAGCAGCAGAAUUGUUUGGCUAUGCUUGUUCUAGUCAGUUUGCUAUGGGCUACAGAGGUCAUUCCCCUCUUCGUGACAUCAUUGCUCAUUCCUUUUCUCGUCGUGAUGCUUCGUAUCAUGAAGUCAGAGGACAAGCCGCAUCAGCGGUUGGGACCGAAAGAGGCCACCAGCGCCGCCUUCGGUGCCAUGUGGACGCCGGUCAUCAUGCUCCUACUCGGCGGAUUCACAAUUGCAGCCGCAUUGUCCAAAUACGAUAUCGCUCGUCGCAUGGCCUUGUUCGUGCUGAGCAAAGCUGGUUCAAAUCCUCGAGUAGUCCUCCUCACAAACAUGUUCGUGAGCAUGUUCUUGAGUAUGUGGAUCAGUAACGUUGCCUCACCGGUGCUGUGCUAUUCGAUCAUCCAACCUCUUCUGCGCAACCUGUCGCCGGAUUCCAGCUUCGCUAAGGCCCUCGUGCUGGGAAUUGCCCUUGCGGCCAACGUAGGGGGUGCAGCGUCGCCCAUUGCUUCUCCGCAGAACAUCAUCGCCCUUCAGAAUAUGUAUCCCAGUAUCAGUUGGGGCACCUGGUUCUUUAUCUCCUUGCCUGUGUGUAUCAUCUCUAUUCUGCUGAUCUGGGUUCUGUUGCUGGUCAGCUUCAAUGUGGGCAAGGAUACGACGAUUGUCCCAAUUCGACCCCUCAAGGACAAGUUCAGCGGCGUGCAAUGGUUCAUCACCAUCGUGACUCUGUCCACCAUCGGCCUCUGGUGUGGCAGCCAUCAGCUCGAGCACAUCUUUGGUGACAUGGGCGUGAUCGCCAUCAUCCCCAUGGUUCUCUUCUUCGGCACCGGGAUUCUCAACAAGGAAGACUUCAACAAUUUCCUUUGGACCAUUAUCAUCCUGGCAGCCGGUGGCCUGUGUCUCGGCAAAGCCGUCACCUCUUCCGGGCUGCUGCAUACGCUCGCCAAUGGCAUCCGGAUGCGUGUGGAGCAUCUUAGUCUGUAUGGAGUGCUCAUUGUCUUCUCCGCCUUGAUCUUGGUGAUCGCCACCUUCAUCUCCCACACCGUCGCCGCGUUGAUCAUGCUCCCCCUGGUUCGCCAGAUCGGAAUCAGCAUGGCGGAUCCUCACCCGAACCUGCUCGUGAUGGCCAGCGCUUUGAUGUGCUCCGUCGCCAUGGCCCUGCCUACAAGCGGUUUCCCCAACAUGACUGCCAUCAUGACCGAAGUCCCGCAGACCGGCCAACGGUAUCUGACUGUCCGUCACUUCUUUACCCGCGGCAUCCCGGCCAGUUUGAUGGCGUUUGUUGUGGUCGUGACAGUGGGAUAUGGGUUGAUGUACAUCGCCGGGUUGUAGAUGGGGACGAUUGAUGUAGACCGUCGCGUGGUGUGGGUUUGUCUGGGGGAGUGCUUGCCGUACAUGUGUGUGUGUGUGUGUUGACGAGUUCAUCUUCUGUUUCAAACUGUAGCUUUGAUUGGUUUCCAGGUAUAGUACUGGGUCUGCGAUGUGGGAGGUGUGUAGCUCUUUAGCUUUGCAUGAUCUGGUUGUCUUGUGUUCGUGUUGUUUGAACUUGUCUUGUUUACCUGUGCAGAAUAGAUGAGAUAUAGAGCGUUAAUUGUUUUUCCUGUCAAUUACACACUGAACUAACUGCC